GAGUGUGACCAAUGGGAUCGGACAAGGGGGUGGGCUUUAUUUUACAAGGCCUAUAGAGCCCGUGGAAGGCGGGGCGUCAGAAUGACGUUGAGUGGAGGGCCUCUGCUUGGCCUGGCCUUGCAGCUCAGAGCCGCCCCCGCCCCCGCCCCCGCCCCCGCGCCCGGCCCGGCCCUGGGACCCCAGGCCCUGGUCGCCGCAGCCUAAUGCUAGGGUCCCGCCCCCUCCUUUCCAUCCCCUCACCCAUCCUCCACUUCCUUAUCGAGGAAUCCCAGCAUCAGAAUUUGGACUCCAGCUCACAUCCACUCAUUUUAGGACCCUCAAACAUCGCCCUCCCCCCCAUUCCGGGACUCCUUCUCCUCCCAUUCUUGGAGCCCCCUUUCCUCCGCCCCUUUCCCUUCGCCUCAUCCCCUCUCACAUCCUGGAAACACGCCUAAAUCCUUGCUUCAUCUCGUCUUUCUCGUUAUGGAGCAGAACGGCGGCCUUUUCCCACUUCAGCACCAAGAACAGCCCCUCUUCCUGCCUUUUUCUCACCCGCUCUCCCAGUCUCAACCCCUCUACUUAUCUCUCUCUCAGCAGGACUCCCUUCCUCUUUCCCAACCUCUCUCUCAGCCCCAACCCCUUUCCCAGCCCCAACCCCUUCCCUUACCUAUUCCCCAGCCUCUGUCGCUACCUUUGAAUCAGCCCCUGUUCCUCUCGCAGCCUCUUUCACAGCCGUUGCCCCUUUCUCAGUCUUUGUCUGUUUCCAAGCCCUUAUCCCUCUCCAAACCUUUAUCUCUGUCCCACUUUCUGUCCCUUCCCCUCUCCCAGGCUCUACCUCUCUCCCAGUCCCUGUCCCUAUCCCUCUCCCAGCCUUGGCUCUGGUCUGGGCUCCAAUUGCCACCUUCACUAUUCUUGCUGCUGCUGCUGCUCUUUGUGCUGUGCCCAGGGGCUGGGGGCCUCUUCCUGACUGAUUACUCCACCUGCUCACCCCGAAAGCUGAGUCCUUUUCGCUCCUUUGCCAGCACUGAGCUCUUCCACUUCCAUGUCCCUGAGGACACGGUCCUGGCUGUCUGGAAUCUCAUCAUCUUCAAGGAACAGGGGGGCACCUUUGGGGACCAUUGCCCAGACCAAAGUGUGACUGUGUAUUUCCGCUCAGGAGCACCUCCUGUAAUAAACCCUUUGAACACACACUUUCCACCGGAUACAGUGGUGCCAGGGGUCUUCUCAUUAACUCUAAGCUGGACUUUGCCCAACCGAACUUCAGGAAUCUUCAAUGUCAGCAGCCCCUUGCCUGGGGAUUGGUUCCUGGCUGCUCACCUUCCCCAGGCUCAUGGACGCAUCUCUGUCAAGGGUCUUCAUGAUGAGUGCCAGUACCUCCUUCAACCCCAGUUGAUUGUCCGUCGAUUGCUUGAUGUUGCUGUCCUGGUUCCUGGUCGUCCCUCAGAGCAAACACUUUCCUCUCAUAACCGUUCAGCUCUGUUCAAGGUCUUUGUCCCUAGUUUCACUUCCAGGGUCUCCGUUCAGCUGAAGUGUGUGGGAUCUCGUGGGGGCAAUGGCUGCCCCCUGAUGAUGCAUCUGCGCCCCAAGGCACCUCCCCUGCACAACUCAACCUCUGUGGCCUGUGGGGAAUUGGCCCCAUGUGGGCUGGAGCUGGCCCUGCCUCCUUGGGGGGACUGGGUCUAUGUGCGCGUGGAAACACCACGGGGUCUCCCUGGAACCCUUCGAUUCCAGCUAUGUGUGCAGCUACAAGAGUGCCCCCAACAUGGCCUGUCUCGAGCCCUGGUACCUGGAGCAGCCAUGAACAUGCCCCAGUCUCUGGGUACUCAGCUACCCCCUCAGGAGAUACCACCUUUGGGAGCCCCUGAGGAAGGGUCUGGGAGCACAUCUCCUCCUGACCACUGCUGGCCAGUGCGUCCAACGUUGCGGAAUGAGCUGGAUACCUUCUCUGUCCACUUCUACAUCUUCUUUGGCCCCAGUGUGGCCCUUCCACCAGCACGUCCAGCUGUGUUUGCCUUGAAGCUCCUGCCUGUGCUGGACAGUGGAGGGGUCCUGACCCUGGAGCUACAGCUCAAUGUGAGCUCACUGCGCCAGGAAAAUGCCACCGUGUUUGGAUGCCUAACUCAUGAGGUGCCUCUGAGCUCAGGUGACACUUCUGUGACUUGCUCCACAGAAUCCCUGGCUGGCUUCAUUCUCUCUGUCAAUGCUGCUUCUAAAAUCUCCAGACUGCGGAUCCCUUUCCCCCAAACAGGAACUUGGUACCUGACCCUGCGAUCACUGUGUGGAGCAGGCCCGUGGUUUGAACGCUGUAAGAAUGUCACUGCUGAGGUCCGUCUCCGGACCUUCCUGUCCCCAUGCAUUGAUGAUUGUGGCCCGUAUGGUCAGUGCAAACUUCUGAGGACACAUAACUACCUGUAUGCAGCUUGUGAGUGCAAGGCUGGCUGGCGUGGCUGGGGCUGUACGGACAGUGCAGAUGCUCUCACUUAUGGAUUCCAGCUUCUGUCCACCCUGCUGCUGUGCCUGAGUAAUCUCAUGUUUUUGCCACCUGUGGUUGUGGCCGUUCGAAGUCGCUAUGUGUUGGAGGCUGCGGUCUACACCUUCACAAUGUUCUUCUCCACAUUCUACCAUGCAUGUGACCAGCCGGGCAUUGUGGUUUUCUGCAUCAUGGACUAUGAUGUUCUGCAGUUCUGUGACUUCUUGGGCUCCCUCAUGUCUGUGUGGGUCACAGUCAUUGCCAUGGCUCGUCUGCAGCCUGUGGUCAAGCAGGUUCUCUACCUGCUUGGGGCCAUGCUACUGUCCAUGGCUCUGCAGCUUGACCGACAUGGCCUCUGGAACCUUCUUGGACCUAGUCUCUUUGCCCUUGGGAUCCUGGCUACGGCAUGGACGGUGCGCAGCGUCCGCCGCAGACACUGUUACCCUCCGACGUGGCGUCGCUGGCUGUUCUACCUGUGCCCCGGCAGCCUCAUUGCCGGCAGUGCAGUUCUCCUCUAUGCCUUUGUCGAGACACGGGACAAUUAUUUCUACAUCCACAGCAUCUGGCAUAUGCUCAUUGCAGGCAGCGUGGGCUUCCUGCUACCCCCUCGAGCCAAAUCCGAUGGCAAAGUCCCCCCCCUCUCCAGACCCCGGGGAUGCGGGUACCAGCUCUGCAUCAAUGAGCAGGAGGAGCUGGGCUUGGUGGGGCCAGGUGGUCCUUCCAUCAACAGCAUUUGUGCCAGCUGACACCUGUCCCCAAGCAUACUGUCCUUCUUGGGGACAUUGAAUACCCCAGAACACACGACCUAUUGUUGGACCUGGAGUCCUCCUUGAGAACGUGGAGCUCAUCAACAUGGGGACACAGAGCCCUCUUGUGGACGCAUGGCUUUGGGGGCACAGAGCUCUCCCUUAGGACAUGGAGCUUGUCCUGGGGGCACAGAACUCACCUUGGAAGCACCUGUUCCUUCCCAUGGAUGUGGAGCCCACAGACCCCAGAAAUAUUGAUUUUUCCAACAACUGUGGCCAUCUAUUGCUUCGUGCCAGAUUUUUGACCCAGUUGUAGUGUCUCAUUCUUUGUCUUUGAGUGGAUAUAACAGAUGGAGGAGUAGAGGGAGACUUGAGGUGGAAUGGAGUGGCUCUAGAACUGGAGUGUAUUUCCAAUGAAAUGUGUGCCAGCUCUUCCUUUAGUCCUAUAUUUUUGGACAUGCAGAGAUUGGGGUUAAGGGUCAGAGGUAAAGUGGCACCUUCUUUGCUUCCCUGGUCCUAUUGAAUAUUCUUAUGAUUAAAAGGUCACUGUAAAUGCUAGAUAGCACAUCAGGAAGAAAAAACAAAUGAAGCUCCUCCUCAUCCCCAUUACAUUCUGUAAAUCACUAACCAUGUGCAGUUCUGGGCAUGAGGUCUUAGACAGUGGGAUGGGGGAUGCUCUUGUCUAAGAAGAGUUUAGAAAAUCCUUGAGGUGGCGGUGGAGAGAUAUAGAACUUGCUAACUCAAACUCCAGACCUUAGAAUGAGGGGCAACAUCUCUUUUAGGAUUUGAGAGAGAGGCGCAGGUUUAGGACAAAUAAGCUGAUACAGCAGAGUGUGGUGGGUAGAUAGCUGGUUUCUGCAUCAAGAAGUUCUGCCUUAGAGACACGCUUCUGGAACGUAAUGUUUGGGCGACUUUAGAAAAAUCACUUAAUCUCUCAGUGGCCCCUGGAAAUUUUCUAAGACUGUUACUUGUAAAGCAAGUGAUCAUCUACACUGAGAUUUCCCUAUACUACUGAAAUCAAAGGUUCAAUACAAACAACAGGGACUACAUAUAAGUAAUAUAUUAUGCCUGAGACAUGGUCAAGGCUGAAAACAUGAACAGGUUUAAGGAAGGUUUUGAUAAAUCCCUUAAUGUCACCUCCCUAAUGAGGCAGUCAAAGAUGUUUGGAGAUACCCCUCAUCUGGGAGGGUAAAACCACAGAGAAUAUCUGGCCAUCCCCAAGACUCACAUUUCUCCAGAGCCAAAAUCCUGAGUGGGGAUCACAUAGUCCACCCAGGAGGGCAAUGAAUUAUGGCUUUGUUAUUUUUUGAGGAUUCUUUGCUCAGAGGUGACCCUCCAUCAUAAGAACACAUACUUUCCAGGCAAUGGACUAUACACCUACCCACUCACCCUUUGAAGUUGUCAGCUUUGACAAACUACCAGAUCAUCCUUUUCUUGUAGAAUCCAGGAAAAUCUCAUCCACCCUCAUUCUUAAACUGCCACUACUGGGAACUAUCACCAGGGGACACUUGGUUUCUAAAACUCAGACUUUUCCCCUAGGAUCCUGAGUUUUGAAUUGGAAGUGGUCUUGUGUUAGAUGAUGAAACUAAAACCUUAGUGGAUAACUUGCUCAAGGACACACAUGGAAUAAGUAUUAGAGCCAAGAUUUGAAACUUCCGCCUUCAUAUUCAGUAUUCUGGAUAUUCAUCUCCAUUUUAAAAAAGUCUUUACUGCCAGGAAAAAAAAAUAGGGAUCACAACAAUAAAAUGAAAAUGGGGGAAAUAUAGGUGUAGAGCUUCAAAUGAGAGAAUGUCAAAGCUUCAGGUGUGUCAUUCAUACUGAAGAUUACAUGUUUGGAUUGCCCUGA